AUGGGUCUCCGACGUGAAGAGGACGAUCCGAAGACCAAGGUUAGUAAGUACGCUAAUUUGCUUGGGCUCGUCUAGACUAGAAGGCUUUUGCCAUCAUCUUUGCACGAUUUUUAGUCUUGAUAUCGUGUCUGAAAGCUCUUUAAAGUUUCAGCCUGAUUAUUUUCUCAAAAAUUCGAUUGAUUUUCGUGAUCAGGUGGUCCGAUUCAGCUCAAACUUUCCAAGUACAUACUCCAUACCAAGAAAACUCGAAAUCUUCCAGGCGUACCGUCUAAUCGGCUACGCAGCGGUCACCUUCUCCGCGGUCUCGGUGCUCUGCUUCUGCGUCACCAUGCCGGUCGUCUUUACCUACGUACAAUCCGUGAAACGUCAAAUGUCUCACGAGAUGGCCACGUGCAACGUGAACGCCCGUCUCAUUUUCGAGGAUGUCGCCGCACUGCGGGCCGCUUUUCCGUUCGUACAGCCUGCGAAUAAUAGGACCGCCCGUCAGGCCGGAUAUGAAUCGGAUUUGAAGACGUCGACGGCCGGCUACCCGGUUGGAGGCGGUGGCGGAGAUUCCGAAGUGAAAUCCUCGAAUCCUGGACAGGCGUACGAUGCGGACAAGCCUUUCGUGGCUGUUGGUGUUGAAGGUGAGCAUUUUCUGAAAUUAUUGCGAAUCAAACGCGCUCUGCUGCACUCAUAACUUUGCCUUUUUCAAUUUUUCUCGAAACUCUUGCUUUUUGCUAGUUUUUCAACGAUACCAUUCGGAAAUGCACGAUUUUGGGACAAAAAAUUGGAGAAACAAGCAAUUUUAGAGAAAUUUCAGAAAAAAAAUCAUCAACUUUUGUAAAUUCCAGACCAACCUCACGUCGCAAUCACCGAUUCCGAGGGAACGUGCCACAACUGCUGUCUCCCGGGACCUCCAGGUCCACCAGGACCGCCUGGUCGGCCGGGACCAAACGGAAAGGCCGGCGCGAACGGCCUAAACGGAAACCCAGGCCGUCCGCCAGAGGCCCCUUGCGAGCCAGUGACUCCGCCGCCGUGCAAACCAUGUCCACCGGGACCAAAAGGAGCGCCAGGACCCGAAGGAUACCCGGGAGCCGAUGGUCAGCCAGGAGUCCAGGGCGAGAACGGAGAAAAAGGAGCGGACGGCGCGCCAGGGACCAAGGGACGACCGGGUCCACAGGGAAAAACCGGAGAACCCGGAGCCACUGGUGAGAAAGGAGAAGACGCGGAGAGCAACGAACCGAUCCCCGGACCAAAGGGACCACCGGGAACCCCUGGAGCACCGGGACCACGAGGAACCGCCGGACAUCCGGGAGAAGACGGAGAGCCAGGAGCACCAGGAGCACCCGGAGAGAACGGAACCGACGCCGAGCCGGGAGAGGACGGAGUGCCUGGAGUACCUGGACACGAUGGAAAGGCCGGACGGGCCGGGGAACGAGGAAUCUGCCCCAAGUACUGCGCCAAGGACGGAGGCAUCUUUUUCGAGGACGGAACUCGUCGUUGA